CAAGUACUAGUCUACGAGAUCCAUUGGUUCUAUGUGGCUGUGCCUACGUGUAUUUCUGGCCCGCUUGACUGGGAUCCCGCAUCUCGUCCUCUUCACCGAAUGGUAUCGUGUCAUCGUCGAGCAGCGGCACCUGUAUAACACAUUUCUGUGAAGCUGUUGGACACUGAAAGCAGUACUGUGUUUCUUUGUGUGGCAGAGAUUAUUAUGAAAGCCCAGAUUUGGCGAGACCGUGUUUCUUCCCGCGACUUUCAGUGUUACCACGUCAUGUUUUUGUAAAAAUUUCACAUGAUUUAUAAAAAUAUUUUAAAUUAUGCAUAUUGUAAUGACUUGCAAGAGUAGCCUUUCCAUGCUGGCGCCGCACGGUCUCACUGUUCACAAUCAGCUGUUGCUGGGCAGGAAUUUUUGUAUUGCAUUGCCUGCGCUCCACAGAUGGAUGGAAAACAUCCUGAAAAUCCGUACCCAUGGCCACUCUGAACGAAACGCUCCGUAGCCACUGGCCCAUUGCCCUCUUCGGCCUGAUCCUUUUCUUGGCCGGGAGCACAGUGUUAUACUGGAACGAAGGACGCGCCGUGCACAACAUGAUGGCACUGGAUGAAGCGCACGCCGACAUUUACUCGGUGCGCUUCACGGAGGAGGAACAGGAAGUGGGUCUCGAGGGAAGGAUCAUUCACCUAUCUGGAUCCAUCCUCGUGGGCGAACCGCUCACUGAACCGGACUACAACAUCCAGCUACUGGCGGUCAAAUUGCGCCGCCGCGUCCAAAUGUACCAGUGGGUCGAAGAGACAGUUGAGCACAACUAUGGCGAGAGCGUGGGAACGACGCAAUCGGACUCGCGGACUUACUACUACACGCGGGAAUGGCGGGACAAGAUCGUGGACUCGCGGAACUUUUACAACCGCCACGGGCACACGAAUCCCAGCCAUUUCCCCAUCGAAAGCCACGUCCAGGUGGCGGAUGCCGUCUACAUUGGUCGCUAUGAACUGGGUGCUGAGGUGAAGGACAAGUUCGGUAGUUACCAGGAGCUCACGUCGGACAUUCGGCCGGAAGACAGUAGUGUGAAGCUGCAUCUGGGCAUCUAUUACCACACCAAUGAUGUGUUCAAUCCGGAGGUGGGUGACUUGCGGCUCCUCUUUAGCUUCGCUGGAAUGGAGGGCGAGGAGUUCAGCGUGGUUGGCAAAUUGUCAGGAAACAAACUGGUGCCCUACAUCACCUCACGGGGCGUACCGGUUCUGCUCGUCUAUCCCGGAGGACUUAGUGUCCAGGAGGUUUUCCGCCUGGAGGCACGAGCCCAAGUGCUGCAUACCUGGUGGUGGCGCUUCGUCGGUUGGCUGCUCAUCUUCUUCGGAGUCACCUGCAAUUCAAAAAUUCUGCGACUGCUGUUUAUUCGGGUACCACUGUUGGUGGCCUUGGCCCCUGAUCCUCAGUUCCCGGUGACGGGCAACCUGCUUAUCGCCUUCUCGAUGGCCUUGACCAUUGCGGCAGUGGCCUGGAUCCUGCAUCGUCCUGUGAUCGGCGCCUGUCUUUUUCUGGCAGGCGCCUCGCCCUACGUCUGGUUCACCCGCAACCUGGUAGACUACCAGCGCCUGGACUGAUCCUGUCCAAACACCAUCUCGCAUCUUAUUUACAGGUUUAUUUAUUGUUGAUACUCAUUGUUAGGCUAACACUAUGUCAUUUGCCAUAUACCCCUCGGCCAAUAAAAACUUAAUAACACUUAGUAA